CAUGAAUUCUCAACGAAGCUAAGCUAACACCAAACUGAAUUCAGAGAGAGAGAGAGAGUGAAACGAUGCAGAAUCUGCGAAUCAUCUCCUCUCACUUCUCACGAGGUUUGAAAUCCAUCAAUACACAUCCAAGCUCCUUUCAAUUGAUUUCGAUCCAAUCUCGGAGCUAUUCGUCUCCGGCGACGCAGUCGGAGAACGUCUCCAAAAUCGUGAAUGAGCUGUCGAAUCUCACUCUUUUGGAAACAAUGGACCUAAAUGAGGUCCUUAGGCAGAAGCUAGGCGUCAGUGAGAUGCCUGUGAUGGCUGCGAUGAUGCCAGGGAUGUCAUUGCCGGGAUCUGGAGCCGGUAAAUCCUCCGCCGCCGGAGCAGGGACAGAGAAGAAGAAGGAAGCAAAGACUGCGUUCGAUGUGAUGCUUCAAGCGUACGAAACAGCGUCGAAGAUUAAGGUGAUUAAAGAAGUGAGAACGAUUACGGAUUUGGGGUUGAAGGAAGCGAAGGAUUUGGUCGAGAAAGCGCCAACAUUGUUGAAGAAAGGAGUUAGUAAGGAAGAAGCAGAGAAGAUCAUUGAGAAGUUGAAGGCUGUUGGAGCUAAAGUUGCUAUGGAGUGACCAUUCUUAGGUGUUAUUAAAAUGGAACAUGACAAGGAACAACUGAAGCUUCUGAUGAGUAGUCCUUCCAAGUGUUUAUUAUUACAAAAGUAACAUGUCAUGGAAAGUCAUCACCAGCUCUUUUCUUUAGAGGUAGAAACAGAUUAUUGUCUUCAAUCAAAUAUACACGAAGGCUUGUUAGAAGCAAGCACAGUUCUCUUCUUUGGAUCAAUCAUUCUCUCAAUUCAUUGUUUGUACUAACAGUUGUUGAUGAUCUCUUCUCGACAGAAGAUCAGGCCAUUUCUUUCAUUUAAUAAUGAAUUAUGUUAUUUCCAAA